AUGAUCCGCCAACUCGUUGAGAAGGAACUUGCAGUUCCGGACCGUUCUAGAAGAAGAUGUUUCAGAAUCCAACACCUUUAUUGCUGCCUGGCUGUCGGUGAAGAUAAUGAUUUCUUUACAGAAUACCUUUACCUAUUGCAACCACCUCUGCCUGAAAGACGUUGCAGUGAUCCCGCAGACGAAAGGAAAUCUCCACGCCAAACUGUCCAGAAGAGACGUAUAACGUAUUUAACUGAAAUUAAACUGAGAAAUGAAAAAAAAACUAGUAGCAGCAGUAGUUGUAGUAGUAAAAGUAGUAUUAUUAGUAGUAGUACCAGUUACAGCAGUAGUAGUGUUUGUAAUAUUAUUAUUAGUUCUAAUAGUAGUAGUAAUACUAGUAGUACUUUUAGUAGUAGUAGCAGUAGUAGUAAUUGUAGCAUUAUUAUUAGUAAUGGUAGUAGCAGUAGUAGUAGUAGUAAUUAUAGUAGCAUUAUUAGUAGUAACAUUAUUAUUAGUGACAAUAGUAGUAGCAGUAGUAGUAGUAGUACAAUUAGUAAUAGUACUAAUUGUAGCGGCAGUAGUAAUUAUAGAAGCAUUAUUAGUAGUAAUAAUAGUGGCAGUAGUAGUAGUACUGGUAGUAGUAGUAGUAGCAGUUGCAGUAGUACUAGUAGUAAUACUAGCCGUAGUAGUGUUAGUAAUAGUAGUAAUAGCAAAAGUAGCAUUAGUAAUAGCAGUAGUAGUAGUAAUAGUAAUAGCAUUAUUAGAAGUAAUAGUAGGAGUAGUAGUAGAAGUUGUAGUAGAUUAGUAGUAGUUGUAGCACUAGUAAUCUUAGUUGUAAUAAUAGUAGUAGUUGUAUAUAGUAGCAGAAACAGUCGUCGUAUUAUUAGUAGUAGUAGUCGCAUUAGCGAUAAAAAUUAA